UUCAAGGCCAGCUCGCUAUCUUCUUCUCCCUGAUCCCGUCUUUUCACUCGGGUCUCUUUGUACUUUUCUUUCUUGUAAUCUAGAGCAGACCACUAGAUCUGCUCAGCUGCGAGCAAAAUUAUGGGUUACAUUUCGCCAGAUGGGCUCGCUAAUCUCAAAAAGUAUGCGUACAAGGGUGUCGAUAAGUCUUUGCUCUCUCGAUAUGUUCUCAACCCUUUCUGGACAUGGCUGGUAACACUGUGGCCAACGUGGGUCGCUCCCAACGUGAUCACGCUGUCAGGGCUCUGCAUGGUCCUUUUGAACUUUGCUAUGUUGAUAUACUAUGAUCCUGAAUAUCUGUCUGAGAAAGGGGGAGCAGACGGGCCGCCGCAUUGGGUAUACUUCACUUGGGCAGCAGGUCUUUUUAUAUAUCAGAGUUUUGACGCUAUAGAUGGAAAACAAGCAAGAAGAACAGGGAUGGCAGGUCCUUUGGGGGAAAUGUUCGAUCACGGUUGCGAUGCAUUGAACACUACACUCGAGGUGAUUUUGACCGGUCGAGCACUGAAUUUAUCAAGAUCCUGGUGGACGGUGGCAUCCCAAUCAGCCGCUUUAGCCAACUUCUAUCUCACAACAUGGGAAGAAUACCACACCGGUCAAUUAUAUCUUGCUGUUUUCUCUGGUCCGGUGGAAGGCAUCUUGUUAAUCGUUGGCCUUUACGUUGUAUCUGGCAUUCUUGGUCCGACGUUUUGGGAUACCCCUGCAUUGACAUUCACUGGCCUUGAAAAGAUACCCUUUAUUACAAAAUACGUCCCAAAUAAAGGUCUCAACGAGUUUAUUAUGGCUUUCGGAGCCGUUGUUCUGGCAUUCAAUAUCAUCACGAGCUAUAUCAAUGUGUACAAAGCGAAGAUCGCUAGUGGUGACAAAGCGUUCCAGCCACUCUGGCAUCUGUUACCCUUCCCUCUUACGGUGGCCAUUCAAGUGGCUUGGCUUAGCUCUCCGUCAUUCUCUCGGUCCUUCAUCCUCAAUUCGCCCUUAUUCGUCCCCCUCCUCUGUUCCUGGGGCCUGCAGUUUGCCCAUCAGGUCGGACGUAUGAUUCUAGCCCAUGUCACCAAGCAGCCUUUCCCAUGGUGGGAUUGGAUGUGGAUGUGGAGCCUGAUCGGUGCUGUCGAUGCCAACAUGCCACGGUUACUUAACAGGCGAGAGAAGUAUCUUCGUUGCACAGAAAUGUCUUUUUUCUUACGCUAUAAACUAUGUCUAGGGCUCCCUUCAUUCAGCACUCUCCUGAGAACGUGAAGAUUUUCAUUUUUGCAACACUUGCUAUCUCUUUGGUGUCCUACGUGAGGUUUUGCGCUUUGGUCAUCAACGACAUCACGAACUAUUUGGGAAUCGCUUGCUUUACCGUCCGUAAGAAGGAUGAAAGCGGUGCAUGGAAGAAGGCUCAGAUCGUAGACAAGGCUAAUGUAGGUAAAAGGCAAUGAAGUGCGCUAACAAGUCGAGGCGAGUUGAACUCAUGACAAUUACGAAAUGCGAAUACCUGCGAAUACCUAGAUAUAUUGUCAUCUAACAUACCUUACUUACGAUUUCCGUAGACACUAGAAAAGUGAAUACACGUAGAAACGCGCUUGAUUACCUUUCUGCAUUUUGUUCAUUUUUAUUGACUUUGAUGAUCGAGUACGAUAAGAUUAGAUCUUCUGGUCGC